ACCAAUAGUAAAACGCUACAUUGUAUUGGUCGUAGUCGUUUAUUCUCUCCCCCGUUUUUCAUCCGUGAAUUCAAUCACCCACAUACUCAAUUAAGCUUAGCACGACCUAACCGGUAUUAUAAAAGAAAAAAAAAUUGUGAAAAGCUUGAAAGCUUUAGGAAAAAAAAAAAAAAAAUACUGAGAGCGCGACUAGUCAAAUGUAUCCACGGUUGUGGCAAGUUGUUGGCGAAUGACACGCCAGAAGGGAUAGUUUAAAUUCAGCACUUUUUAAAAAGAGAAAUGUUUGCGUACAGGUAGCGUUUUUUUCACUUAUCUCGUGGACGAAGUGGAGGACACACGCCGUCAGUAGAUGUAAAGUUGAGAAGUGAAAGCUCGGGAGGAAGGGGAGUCUCCGCCCGGAGCAGAUGAUGUGCAGGCAUGCUGCGUCCGUCCGUGCGGGCUUCUGACUCCUCCAGGCCACUGUUCCACUUUGCUGCUAUAAGGUAGAGCAGCCUCACUCUGCCUGGGAAGCGACAGACAGACAAAUAGCCCGCCCUGUGAAGAGUUCUCCUUUUAAUGGAUGCCCGGGUGGCCCCGCUGCUGCUAUGGACAGGUCUUGUCCUGCUGACAGCUGAACUGAAGUGGAUUUAUGCUGCAGAGGUCUACACCAACACUUGGGCUGUCCAGAUAACUGGGGGACCAGGAGAGGCUGACCGCAUCGCCAGGGAACAUGGUUUUGUCAACCAAGGCCGUGUUUUUGGAGAUUAUUAUCACUUCAGGCACCGCGCUGUGGAGAAGAGAGCAUUGUGUAGCCACAAGGGGAUGCACAUCAGACUGCUGAAAGAACCACAGGUCCAGUGGGUGGAGCAACAAGUGGUGAAAAGAAGGAAGAAGAGGGACAUCUUUGAAGACCCUACAGACCCCGACUUUCCCAGGCAAUGGUAUCUGUCCAACCCAUCACAUCAAGACCUGAAUACAAGAGCAGCCUGGACGCAGGGAUACACAGGAAGAGGUGUAGUGGUGACCAUAUUGGAUGAUGGGAUUGAGAAGGACCAUCCUGACCUUGUUAGCAACUAUGACCCGGAGGCCAGCUAUGACGUUAAUGAUGGAGAUUCUGACCCUCAACCAAGAUAUACACAGCGCAAUGAGAACAGACAUGGAACCCGGUGUGCAGGAGAAGUGGCAGCUGCAGCCAACAAUGGAGUGUGUGGUGUUGGUGUAGCCUAUAAUGCCAAAAUCGGAGGAGUUCGUAUGUUGGACGGGGAGGUGACAGAUGCGGUCGAGGCUCACUCUCUUAGCCUCAACCCUCAGCACAUCCACAUCUACAGUGCCAGCUGGGGCCCAGAGGAUGAUGGCAAGUCUCUGGAUGGCCCUGCCAAGCUGGCCAAGGAAGCUUUCAUCGAGGGAGUCACAAAGGGUCGCGGCGGCCUGGGCUCCAUCUUUGUCUGGGCCUCGGGUAACGGUGGCCGGGAGCAGGACAGCUGCAACUGUGACGGCUACACCAACAGCAUCUAUACUCUGUCCAUCAGCAGCACCACGCAGGCGGGCAAUGUGCCGUGGUACAGCGAGCCCUGCUCCUCCACCCUCGCCACCACCUUCAGCUCUGGAAAUCCAGGGGAGAAACAAAUAGUGACCACCGACCUGAGGCAGAAAUGCACCGACUCUCACACGGGGACGUCCGCCUCCGCCCCGCUGGCUGCUGGGAUCAUCGCUCUGGCUCUGGAGGCCAACGUGAAUUUAACCUGGAGGGACAUGCAGCACCUGGUGGUGAGGACGUCCCAGCCCGGGCGACUCAGCGCCGGAGACUGGAGGACCAACGGAGUGAAGCGCAGAGUGAGUCACUCGUACGGUUACGGGCUCCUGGAUGCAGGGGCGAUGGUGGCUCUGGCUCAGAACUGGACGACUGUGGGACCGCAGCACCAGUGCGUUCACACCAUGCUCACAGAACCGAGAGACAUUGGGAACAAGCUGGUGUUCAGCAAGAGUGUGGAUGCCUGCUGGGGGCGAGCAGAGUAUGUCGGUUCUCUGGAGCACGUUCAGGCUCGCCUCACUCUCUCACACAAUCGAAGAGGAAAAUUGGCCAUUCAUCUCAUCAGCCCACUGGGCACACGUUCCACCCUGCUGUUCCCCAGGCCCAAUGACUAUUCCUCGGAGGGGUUCAACGACUGGGCCUUUAUGACCACCCACUCAUGGGACGAGGAUCCUCAAGGAGAGUGGACCCUAGAAAUAGAAAACGUGGAAGCAAAUGGACGUGACUAUGGUGUGUUGAGUCAGUUUACCCUCAUCUUGUGGGGUGCCGGACCCAGCGUCAUCAACCCCUCUUCACCUGACUUCCCUCGGCCUUCAAACAAUAGCUGCAAGACGUUUGAUGCCCAGCAAAUCUGUAUUGAGUGCAGCCCCGGCUUCUCCCUGUUCCUCCAGGGUUGUGUGAAGGUUUGUCCCCUGGGCUUCACGUCGGGGCCUCAGCUCCUCAACCUCUCUCUGGAGAACUGGGUGGACCUUUCCUCCGUGCAGGCUUGUCUGCCCUGCCACCCCGCCUGCCUCACCUGCUCAGGCCCGGGGCCGGCGGACUGCCUGUCGUGUCCGCCUCACGGCCACCUGGUCCUCACCUCCUGCCUGCACCAGAACCAGGUCCAGCGGAAAUCCCCCUCCACAGGAAGACUCCAGGACGACGAAGUCGGGCCGCAGGCCCAGAGCCCGGCGACAGCAGACCACGACAGCGAUCAAACCGAUGAGCCCCCAGGUUUCGAUGUAGCUCCACCCACCCAGUUGCCUGUCGUCGUGGUCAUUCUGAGUUGUGCCUUCAUCCUGGCAGCCUUCGCCGGGGUCUUCUUCUUGUUACAGAUGCGCUCGGGUGGCGCUUCUUUGGGCUGGAGGACCAAACUUCCCUCUGUGUUUUCAGAGACGAGAGGGAUGCGAGUGGCUUUUAGUUUGGGCCUUCACCACGGACAGGAGAGGAAGGCUCGGAUAUGGUACAAGGGGAUCCCCACUGUGUGGGCAGAUGAUGACAUGAUCGCUUAUGAGUCUGAAUCAGACAACGAGGAAGCAGACGGUCACGAGAGGACAGCUUUUAUUAAAACGCAGAGCUCCGUCUAACUGAGGCUGCUUCAGCUGCCGUGGGACAGGCGGCUGGAGCUGAUCAAUGGUUCAGAUAUUAACACAGAACACAGUCCUUAUCGUCCCAUCAGCACCUCAUCCACAUCCAUUCCAGUCCAUCCCUUUUUUCUGUUAUUUAUUAACAUUUGUUAAGUGUAAUUUUUUGAUUAAUACUUUCAUUUACCUCAUAUUCAUAUAUCUAGGGCUGUACAGUUCAUUCAAUUUCCGUGGGGAGCAAAACUUGAAAUAUACAAUAUUCACAAAAGGAAUGUAACAGAGAAAACUUCAUCAGUUUGAAAUUAAGUUUGAUUAAUGUAACAUGCUUCAAAGGUCAGUUGGUAAUAUUAAUGGUUUCUUUAAUCAUGAUUAUUAUUUUUUCCAUCAAGCAGCCCUCAGUGUAACGGUUUAUAAUGCCCUUGAUUUUUUAUCACCUCUAUUAAGUGCUGCUAAUUUCCUUGCAUACUAAGAACAUCCAUCCAUCCAUCCGUACAUAUAUAUAUGUACAUAUUCCUCCUUAUUCAG